CAACACCAAAGAAACGAUUGCCGCCUUUUUCUCAACACCUCCCACUCCGUCUCCACUCCCCAUUCCCGACUCAAGAUGGCGGCCGCAGCCCGAGCGCUCAAUGCGAAAAUACGCUCCAACAAAUACCUCGAUUACUUCUGCUCGACUCACUUCUGGGGCCCGGCGAGUAAUUUCGGUAUCCCGAUUGCGGCGGUCGCAGAUAUGACGAAGGAUCCCGAGAUUAUAUCUGGCCGCAUGACCGCCGCCCUCUCCUGCUACAGCGCUGUCUUCAUGCGCUACGCCCUUGCCGUCUCUCCCAGGAAUUACCUCCUCUUCGGCUGCCACUUCAUCAACUGCGCAUCCCAGCUCACACAGGGUUACCGGUAUAUGCAGUACUGGAAUUUUGGAGGACGGGAUGCUGCUUUGAAGGCGAAGGAAGCGGCCGGGAAGAUUGCUGAGAAGACGGUUGGGAAAUAAGAACAGAAGAGGAUAGGGAGCGGGAGAGUGAGGGGACGGGGGAUAGUGGAGGCGUUUACAUCUUAAUCCAGGCUCUUGUCAUAGUAGAUUCAAUUCACGGGACAUAGCAAUACCUAGUGAAACAGUGUUUCAGGGGAAUAAAAU